CUCACACACAGGCAUCAUAAAAAGCAAGAAGGCUGGCAACCUUCUCUCUCUGGACUCCCUCACCGCCUGACUGCGUGAUAAUAACACCACAGCCUCUCCUCCUUUACCCGCACUCUCUCUCUUUGCAUCCGAAGCGAGUUUUUCUGACGAAUCCCGGUCGGACGACGCAUCAUAUAUUUUAUCAGAGGAUCAGCCCUGUGCCUUUAUUUAUUCUCCGUUCGAGAAGGGGAGCGAACAUUUGGCAACAUUUAUGAGGACUAAAGGCAGCCGCCGCGUACGGAGCAUCAUGAGAACACUCCUGCUACCAACAAGGGUGGACCUGGCAUGGACCCCUGUGUCUAAAUGAAGUGGUUCCGCCAUGCAAUGUUCCUGGAAGGCAGUGAUCCUGCUGGCCUUGGCCUCCAUCGCCAUCCAGUACACGGCCAUCCGUACACUCACUUCCAAACCUUUCCAGUUGUGCACAUUGCCCAGUCCGCAGAACUGCGGUCUGGGUGAUCAAGAGACGGAAUCUCCCUUUGAGCGGGGGUCAGCAGGAUGUGAUGACUACCCUUAUUUUUACGUUAAUGCAACCCGUAAAACACACAUCCUGGUUUUGGCCACCACUCGUAGCGGCUCCUCUUUUGUCGGCCAGCUUCUUAACCAACAUCAAGAGGUUUUCUACCUGUUUGAGCCUCUUUAUCACGUCCAGACAGCACUGAUCCCCCGCCUGUCCCACAGCCACAACACCGCGGACCGCCGUGUGAUGCUGGGCGCUAGUCGAGACCUCUUGCGAAGCUUGUAUGGCUGCGACCUCUAUUUCCUUGAGAGCUACAUCAAACCAACACCGACAAACCACACCACGGACAAACUGUUUCGCCGUGGCGCGAGCCGAGCAUUGUGCCAGCAACCUGUAUGCGAUGCCUUCGGCCCCGCCGAUGUGAAUGUGGACGAAGGGGAUUGUGUUAAGAAAUGUGCGCUGCUUAACAUGACCGCGGCCACUGAGGCCUGCCGGGAGAAACAACAUGUGGCCAUCAAGAUUGUCCGCGUACCAGAGAUUGGGGAUCUACGCGCCUUGUUGGAGGAUCCACGACUGAAUAUCAAAGUGAUCCAACUUGUCAGAGACCCUCGUGGCAUCCUAUCAUCCCGAAUUGAGACCUUCAGAGAUACAUACAGACUGUGGCGUAUCUGGAGGGCCACCGGGCGAAAGCCGUAUAAUCUUGACUUAAGUCAGCUCACUGUUGUCUGUGAAGACUACCGAAACUCUGUUUCAAUGGGUCUGAGCCAUCCAUAUUGGCUGAAGGGAAAAUAUAUGUUGGUUCGCUAUGAGGAUUUAGCAAAAAAUCCACUCCAAAAGACAAAAGAGAUCUACGACUAUCUGGGGCUGCCAAUGGAUAAAAACGUGGAGGACUGGAUACAAGCAAACACUCGAGGCAGCAAUGAGCCAUCAGCAAAACACAAGUUUGGUACGAUACGGGACUCGGCAGCUAAUGCAGAGAGUUGGCGCUUGAAACUGUCCUAUGACAUGGUAGAAUACACACAGACUGUGUGUCAAAAGGUUCUCCAUCAACUGGGAUACAAAGCUGUGAGGUCAGUUGAGGAACUGAAAAACAUGACUCUCUCUCUGGUGCAGGACAAAACCUUUGCACCUUUUUUGUAACAAAGAUAGUUCUCUACCGACUAUUUUUGAUAUAUUUAUAUGAUUGUUGCCUUAUUUCAUUGGUUUUUCUUUCAUUUUGACUCUUCAAAUUUGCACUAAAUGAGAAUCUGAAUGCACGAAGGGACCUGUGGAUGAUCCCCAAAUGUUACGAACAGCACACAGUGAAACACAAAGUAAUCAAACAAGCUAGUUUACAAAAUAUGUCAUUGAUGUUUUCCCAUGAAGCGACCAGGACAUCGUCUUUAUUCAUUAUGUGUAUGCAAGUAGUUCCUUCAUCAAAAGUUGUUGCCCUUCAAAAAUGUCGGUUGGUAAUUGGAAUGGGUCAUGUUUCUUUUACUAGGAAUGAUAAAAAUGUGCAAUAAACAGUGAAUGUUGCA